AACAGACCCAGCAGCCUGCACCUCCCUCCCUGCUGGGUCCUGCGUGGGGCAGGAGGAGCUGUCUGCACCCACUGCUGCUCUCUUCAACAGGACUAAUGAGAGGGAAGCAGGGAGUGUGACUAUAUACACCACGUAUUCACAUGAGAGAAGUGAAGAACGCCAGCAGUGAAGAUGAAAAGCAACUGGAAAAUUACAGCUUCCUUUUACGUGUGUAGUUUUCUGUGGUCUUUCAUCUCAGCCACCAUCCAGCAACAAUCAAGACUACCAGUCAUUCUGGGUGCCAGUCAGAGAACUGAUCUCUGCCCAACAAUCAGGAUUGGCCAAGAUGACUUACCAGGCUUUGACCUGAUUUCUCAGUUCCAAAUAGAAAAAGCUGCUUCUCAAGGAAUUAUCCAGAGAGUAGUGGGCUCCACUUCUCUACAAGUGGCUUAUAAAUUGGGACCCAAUGUAGACUUCAGGAUCCCAACCAGUGCCAUAUAUUCCAAUGGACUGCCUGAUGAAUACUCCUUUCUAACUACUUUUCGGAUGACUGGGGCCACACUUCAGAAAUACUGGACUAUUUGGCAGAUUCAGGAUUCUUCAGGAAAAGAACAAGUCGGAGUGAAUCUUAAUGGUCAAAUGAAAAGUGUUGAGUUUUCUUAUAAAGGAGUGGAUGGAAAUCUCCAAACUGCAUCAUUUUUGCAUUUGCCUUUCUUGUUCGACUCCCAGUGGCACAAGCUUAUGAUAAGUGUGGAAGCAAACAGUGUCACACUUUUUAUUGACUGUAUUAAAAUUGAAACUUUAAACAUAAAACCGAAAGGGAAAAUCAGUGUUGAUGGCUUCGCUGUGCUUGGAAAACUUAAAAAUAAUCCUCAAAUUUCAGUUCCGUUCGAAAUCCAGUGGAUGGUGAUUCACUGCGACCCCCUGCGACCCCAGCGCGAAGGCUGCGGCG